UUCUUUUUAACAGUGAUCAUUAACUGAAAUCAUGGCAACUGCCAGUAGUGAGGCGCACCAUGCUGUAGAUCCUGGAAUCUCAAAGCUGCAGUUUGCUCCCUUCAGCAGUGCCCUGGAUGCAGGGUUCUGGCACGAACUAACCCAGAGGAAACUCAACGAGUACCGAUUGGAUGAAACCCCAAAACUUAUCAAAGGAUACUACUACAAUGGUGAUCCUUUGGGUUUGCCAGCUCGGUUGACAUUGGAGUUUAGUGCCUUUGAUAUGAAUGCUUCAAUACCAGCACGUUGCUGUCCUGCUUUUGGAACAUUGUAUAAUACCAACACUUUUGAGACUUUCAAAUCCUGUGAUAAGAAAUUACUUCUGGAAAAAGAAGCUAAUGAGAUAUGGGAAUCAAUAAAAUCUGGAGCUGCUCUUGAAAACCCUAUGCUCUUGAACAGGUUCCUGCUGCUGACAUUCGCAGAUUUAAAGAAGUAUAAUUUCUAUUACUGGUUUUGCUAUCCUGCUCUCUGCUUCCCUGAUGGAAUACAGAUAAUUCAGAAACCAGUGUGUCUUGGUGACAGAUUGCCAUUAAAUCAGAUUCAGGCACUUCAGAAAGCAUAUGACGAACUUUGCCAGAAAGAGGGUGUUACAGCCUUGCCUUACUUUUUAAUUAAGUAUCAUGACAAUUCUGUCAUGGUAUCUCCACUGAAAAAGUGGAAUGGUUUCUUCCAAGACCAAGGGGGGAAGGUGACAGUUGGAGUUUAUGAUCCAUGUAAUUUAUCCCACUAUCCAGGAUGGCCACUGAGAAAUUUCCUGAUCCUGGCAGCCCACAAAUGGGGUAGCAGUCUCCAGUCAGUUGAAGUCAUCUGCUUUAGAGACAGGACCAUGCAAGGAGUGAGAGACAUAACACACAGCAUUAUCUUUGAAAUAAAACUUCCAGAGGGAGCACUUGGCCAAGAUUGCCCAAAAGCUGUUGGAUGGGAGAAAAACCAAAAAGGAAGCAUGGGUCCAAGAAUGGUGAAUCUCAGUGAAUGCAUGGAUCCAAAAAGGUUAGCAGAAUCAUCAGUGGAUCUUAACUUGAAAUUGAUGUGCUGGCGCUUGGUGCCUACUCUUGAUUUGGAAAAAAUUGUGUCUGCCAAGUGUCUGCUGCUAGGAGCUGGUACACUGGGUUGUAGUGUUGCAAGGACCUUGAUGGGUUGGGGAGUCAGGAAGAUUACAUUUGUGGACAAUGCAAAGAUCUCCUACUCCAACCCAGUACGACAGCCACUGUAUGAGUUCGAAGACUGUCUUAGCGGUGGGAAGCCUAAAGCACUUGCAGCAGCAGACAGGCUGCAGAAAAUCUUCCCAGGAGUGAAUUCUGAAGGCUAUAACAUGAGCAUCCCUAUGCCAGGCCACCCGGUGAAUUUUUCUGAGAUAACAAUGGCACAGGCUCAGAAGGAUGUAGCUAAACUUGAGGAGCUUAUUGAUACUCAUGAUGUUGUUUUUCUACUAAUGGACACUAGAGAGAGUCGAUGGCUUCCUGCUGUCAUUGCAGCCAGCAAGAGGAAGUUGGUCAUCAAUGCUGCAUUGGGAUUUGACACAUUUGUUGUUAUGAGACACGGACUAAAGAAACCAAAACAGCAAGAAUCUGGUGAUUCAUGUUUCAACAAUGCUGCUGGUUCCUCUGAUCUUUUGGGAUCAUCACUUUUUUCAAAUAUCCCUGGCUAUAAACUGGGUUGCUACUUCUGCAAUGAUGUUGUGGCACCAGGGGAUUCCACCAGGGAUCGGACGUUGGAUCAGCAGUGCACAGUCAGUCGGCCUGGAUUAGCCAUGGUAGCUGGAGCGCUUGCGGUGGAAUUAAUGGUUUCUGUUUUACAGCAUCCAGAAGGUGGUUAUGCUGUGGCCAGCAGUAGUGAUGACAGAAUGAAUGAACCACCUACUUCUCUUGGACUUGUUCCUCACCAGAUCCGUGGAUUUUUGUCAAGAUUUGAUAAUGUUCUUCCAGUCAGCCUGGCAUUUGAUAAGUGCACAGCCUGUUCAACCAAA